AGCUCUCCUCUGACAGGCUGCGUGGAAAGAUGGUGCUCGACUUGGACCUGUUUCGGACCGACAAAGGCGGCGAUCCAGAAAUCGUCCGGGAGACUCAGAGAAAACGGUUUAAAGAUGUCACGCUUGUGGACAAGUUCGUCGACGCAGAUACGGAAUGGCGAAAAUGCCGCUUCACUGCAGACAACCUCAACAAGGCAAAGAACCUCUGCAGCAAGAGCAUCGGAGAGAAGAUGAAGAAAAAGGAGCCAGUUGGGGAAGAUGAGACUCUACCUGAAGAGGCACAGAACCUGGAGGCCCUGACAGCUGAAACACUAGUGGCACUGACCGUAACCCAGAUCAAGAAGGUGCGUUUGUUGGUUGAUGAGGCGGUGCAGAAAACGGACACUGCGAGGAUAAAGUUGGAAGCAGAACGCUUCGAGUUCUUGAGAGAGAUCGGCAACAUCCUGCACCCAUCUGUACCUAUUAGCAAUGAUGAGGACGCAGAUAACAAGGUGGAGCGCACUUGGGGCGACUGCAGCGUGCAAAAGAAGUACUCCCAUGUGGACCUGGUGGUCAUGAUCGAUGGCUUCGAUGGAGAGAAGGGAGCCUUGGUGGCCGGGAGCAGAGGCUACUUCCUGAAGGGACCCCUGGUAUUCCUGGAGCAAGCUUUGAUCAACUAUGCACUGAGGAUUCUCCACAACAAGAAGUACACUAUGCUGUACACACCCUUCUUCAUGAGGAAAGAGGUCAUGCAGGAGGUCGCUCAGCUUAGCCAGUUUGACGAGGAGCUCUACAAGGUGAUCGGUAAGGGCAGCGAGAACGCCGAUGACAGCUCCAUAGAUGAGAAGUACCUCAUUGCCACCUCAGAGCAGCCGAUUGCAGCUUUCCUUCGGGAAGAGUGGCUCAAGCCUGAGGACCUGCCGAUGCGCUUUGCCGGAUUCUCUACCUGUUUCAGACAGGAAGUGGGCUCUCACGGCAGAGACACCCGUGGAAUCUUCAGGGUGCACCAGUUUGAGAAGAUCGAGCAGUUUGUGUACGCGUCCCCCCACGACAACAAGUCCUGGGAGAUGUUCGACGAGAUGAUCGAAACGGCGGAGGAGUUCUACCAGUCGUUAGGAAUUCCUUAUCGCAUCAUCAAUAUUGUUUCUGGUGCCCUUAAUCAUGCAGCCAGUAAGAAGCUGGACCUGGAGGCCUGGUUCCCUGGAUCUGGUGCCUUCAGAGAGCUGGUCUCCUGCUCCAACUGCACCGACUACCAGGCCAGACGCCUCCGCAUUCGCUAUGGACAGACCAAAAAGAUGAUGGACAAAGCGGAGUUCGUGCACAUGCUGAACGCAACCAUGUGCGCCACCACACGUGUGAUGUGUGCCAUCCUGGAGAACUACCAGACGGAGGAGGGCAUUGUCAUUCCAGAGAAGCUCAGGGCGUUUAUGCCCCCAGAUCUGACAGAGAUGAUUAAGUUUGUUAAGCCUGCCCCCAUCGAUCAGGAGGUCACUAAGAAAGCCAAGAAACAAGAAGGAGGGAAGAAAAAGAAGCAGGGAGGAGACCAGACCCUGCAGACCGCCGUGGAGAACAUGUCCGUCAACGACUCGUAGACUUCAGUACCACAGCUGGGCACCACGGUGUCAAUUUACUGUCCUCACAGAUAGAAACAGAUGGAAUAGAGCCAUGCAGUUAUCAUUAUUCCUCAUGAAAGAUGCUUAAGGGUGAAGUUGCCCACAGACAACUUGAAUUUAUUUGCUCGGGGUCUGCUUUCUCAUUCGCCCAUGGGGAAUGGUCAUGAUUAGGAUUUAAGGAGAUUUAUCCCAAGUCCACAUUUAAGGGGCAAGUUCACACUAGAGAAAACUAGGCGGGGGCUCUAUUGUCGUCUAUCUCAAUCUGGAUGGAUUGUAAUCAUCUCAUCUCAACAGUUCGUCCCUCGACUCAUCCCUCUUUCCCUCCCCCGAUUCACGUUCAAAAAGGGAUCGCUCCAUUCGCUCGUCUGUCUACAAUCCACCUCAGAGUUCCUGCCGAGACCGUCUACCAGUCUGUCAGUCAAAUCUGAACAUCACCCGAUUCACUCUGGCAGCAUCAAGUCCAAAGUCGGCAGACACUGACACUUUAAAUUGAUAUGUAGAGUAAAGUAGGCAAACUAUGGACUUUUUAAAUCAGUAGUUGUCAUUGGUCCACUUUUCUUUUGCACUUGGUAAUUUUACACAUGGUAGGUACAAGCAGAUAUGUUUCCAGUAUUUGGGCAUCCUUGAUUAUUUCCUGUAUCGCCAGUGAAUGACCAACAAGAUCAUAAAUGGUUCCUGAGGGUUCAGUAAGCUCCAUCAUGGCUGGUGGCCGUCGAAAGUGAAUGAAUCCAGUUCAUUCUUGGAGUGUACUUUAAUUCUGCGACUGUUGUAUUGGCUGUGUAAUAAAACCAAAACCCGUCUCUGUUAUCAGCAAACGAUAUUUUAGGACGACAUCUAUACGAAGCCUAUACAUUACCGUGAUUCGCCUUAUUUUAUGGUUAUUUUUUAAAUUAACCUGGGUAUGUUUGUCUGCUUUGGACUUAAAAAUCAUCCACACAUUACAUUUUAACAGUAGUUGUUGCUUCAUGUCAUUGUUGAAAAGAACGAUGUUUGCUAGCAUUUAUGGUUGAAACAUUGACACGGCUGCGUGUAUUCAAAAGUAUAUAUAUAUAUAUAAUUGAGCAUUGACAAAGUGGUGUUCACUGUACACAAUAAAUAUGAAAACAUCGGUGAAUAUGGA